AUGUCUUCAGAGAAAGUAGAUAGUGUGUCUGUAGGCUCAGCGACGGUAGACGAAGACUGCGGAAUAAAUCUAUUCGCGCUACACGAGGAACGAGCUGGUCGGCUGAUUAUUGAUCCAAAAGAAGCGCGUAUCGAACUUGGAGAUGCGAUAGCGUCAAGGCUGAAAUUGUCCGCAGACAGGACGAAAGUCCUUUGGCCUCAGCCAACGGAUGACCCUGAAGAUCCUCAGAACUGGAGUGAUAGGCGGAAAGCCUUCCAACUAUUCAUACUCACAUUAGCGUCCAUAGUGCCGGAUUUCGAUUCGGGGAUCGGCAUCGCGGCGAUAUUUGGUCUAGCGGAGGAGUACAACACUACACCGAAUGUGAUCAACAACUUGACCUCCAACUGGAGCAUUUUUCUCAUCGCACCCGCUGGCGUAUUCGCGGCUAUGUUCGUUCGGCGGUACGGACGGCUUCCUGUCCUUUUCUGGUCUCAGCUGAUCGGUUUAGGUUUCCUGAUCGGGGCAACAUUCGCAAGAGACUUGAAUACGUUCACAGCAAUGAGAUGCUUGACGGCCUUCUUUGCAACGGCCCCCCAAGUAAUCGGCUUGUAUGUUGUCUGCGAUAUGUUCCCCUUUCAUCUUCAGGCACGGAAGCUAAAUUUAUGGACUAUGGGCUUCAUUAUAUCCCCGUUCUUGUCCCCGUUUGCCUUUGGAUUCCUUGUUGCCCGGGAAAGCUGGCGAUGGUCGUAUGGAAUAGGAUCGAUGUAUAGCGCCGUUGUUGUCCUCUUGAUUGCUCUCUUUGGCGAAGAAACAAUCUACGAUCGAACGGUUGUACCCAUUCCUUCCCGACCAACAACAGGCCCGCGGUACCGCGUAGAAACUUUAGUGGGAAUCACUGGUGUCAAGAUGUCAAAGUACAGGGCGUCCUGGUCGCAGACCAUCUUGUCUCCCUUCAAUGUUUUAUGGAGACCGCAUCUGAUUAGUAUCCUUAUUUUUGAGGCUAUGGUAUUCGGAUUCGGAAUUGGAAUCAAUGUCACCAAUGCAGUCUUCCUGGCAAGCCCGCCGUAUAGCUUCAGUCAAGACGCUAUCGCAGGUGCAUAUGGCACGCCGAUUGUGUCGGUAAUCAUUGGCGAGCUCGUUGGACAUUACUUGAACGACUGGAUUACUAACAUCACUGUGCGACGCAACAAAGGCGUCUUUGAGGCGGAGAGCCGACUGCUUGCUUGCUACAUAGCUAUGCCACUGUAUAUCUGUGGGUUUGUGCUGUUAGGCGCUUCCCUCCAAAACCAUUUGAGCGUGGUCGCCUUGAUCUUUGGCUGGGGAAUAGCCCAAUUGGGGAUCAUGAUUGCCACCGUUUCUGUUUAUGCGUACUGCAACGACUGCUUCCCACGACAACAGGGAGAAAUCAGCGCUCUCCUUACUGUGUCUAGGAUCUUGGGAGGCUUUUCUGUUGCGUACUAUCAAGUCCCAUGGGGGGAGAAACACGGCGCACUACAGACCUUCGGUGUUGAGGCCGCUAUCGUUGUAGGAUUGUUUAUCCUCAUCGUACCAUUCCUUCAGUGGAAGGGUUCAUCCCUCAGAGCUCGCUACUCGUUGUAA